UAACCGAAUAAAACCGAAGACGAGAAAGUAAAAUAUUGGAACCAUAAAACGACGUGGUUUCUUGCAAUAGCUAUCCCGGAGAUUUUGCCCUGCCGCCGCCGGUGAGUUCUUUAGAUUUUCUUUUUCUUUAGCUUUCUUUAUAGGCUCAAUCCACAGUUUUCUGUUUGGUUCCCGAGAAGAGAUCCUGAAUUAUUUUUUUUCUCGACGCAGAAAAAACUAGGCCAUUUCUAGAUUAUCUGGUUCAUUAACGGACAAUGGAAGAUAAAGUCAAUGUCCCAACUAAAAGAGAUUGGAAACAAAUGGGACAUGAAGGGGCAACUGUAGCUGUUCAUGAAGAAAUGAAACGAGUGCAACAGUUUCCUUCUAACAGUACCUAUGCUACUCAUCGUUUGCGGAUUUUAAACAAAAUUCUGCAGCUUUUAUCAAUUCAGAGAACUCUAUCUCAGGAAGAGGAACUGGAGUUGCUGUUUUCUGGGCUUUCCUUGUGAUAAGUUGUAGCUAGAGAAUGGCUGGUACAGUUUCACUUCUCUAUACAAAUACAAUUACAGAAUGAAAGGUGGUUAGGAUUUUGUUGGUCAUCCUCGGUAUAUCAUAACCAUAUCGUAUAUGUUUCUGUAUCAAUAUCCUUAAAUGCUUAUCAGAUGCCCUCCUAGGGACAAUAUCCUUAAUCCUUAAAUGUUUAAGUUGCAAAAUGAACAAUCAAUGUGAUUAUCCCUUUCACUUUCAUCUCCCAUCGAUGAUCAUUUCAUUUGCAUUAUUUUAAUCAUGCAAGCCAUGUAUUAUUAAGGAA